AUGACCAAAGGCUGCUACACCUGUCGCCGCCGACGCAUCAUCUGCGAUAACGGCCGUCCCACGUGUCGGAAGUGUCGCGAUGCGGGGAAGGAAUGUCUGGGGUAUCAGAAGCCCCUCGUGUGGGUGAAAGGAGGCGUCGCCAGUCGGGGAAAGAUGAUGGGCCGCAGCUUUGACGAUGUGAUGCGACCUGAUCCCGGACAGUCCGGUGUACCUAGUGUCAAUCCUCCUUCCAAUGCUGUCACCCCCGCCUCAUCAGAAAACGAACCACCAGCCCAAAGUCCUCCCGAGGAGGAUACCCAGUCGGAGGAUCGGAGUACCUGGAUCACAGCGCAGAGAGAGGUCCAUUUGCCGAACUACAUCCCAUCACCCCGGCCGCUUGUGGACCCUUUGUUCAAAGAUCUAAGUCCGCUGUCGAGGUUCUACAUUGACCAUUUCAACGAAAAUCUCGUGGGCUAUCUCACCCUCUAUUCCAGCGUUCAAAACCCCUUCCGUGAUCUCACCCUCCUGGUGGGCGACUCCCCCGUGCUGGCCCAUGCCCUCGCUGCCACCGGCGCGUUGCAUUAUGCGAUUCUCGCCAACUCGGAUUUCUCCCCAAUGCCAUGGUCUUCCGACGCGCCCGGCCUCCAAGGUCUACGAGCAUUUUCUCACGUUCAAGCACCGCGCCCUUCGUCAGCUUGCGCGCGAUGUCGGGGAUUCCGUCAUGCGGAACGACACUGGAACGCUCGCGGCAAUCAUGGUUCUGGCUCUUAG